AUGGACUUCGCCGUGUCAGACAACCUCUUUUCAGGUCUUCCUAAUUUAUGUGGCGUCGAAAAUAUUGCUAUUUCAUUCGAAGAAAGGGAUUCAACCAUAGAAACGGAUCAGAAUGUGGCCUUUGAAGAGACCUGUCAUCUCUCAACCCGUCAAGAUAGUAUCAAUUUAGUCCAAAUCACCUCCAGGCUUCCACUUUUGGCUGUCUUGGGUUUCUGUGAGGCGUAA